AUGUCGUCAUCAUCCGCCGAGCAGAAGAGCGAUAUCGAUGAGGAGCAGAUCGAGCAGAAGCCCCGCAAGACAAAGACCAAGAAGGCAAAGGGCGAGCGACGCAAGCGCCGCGCACGCUUCGAGGACUACGAGGAUGAGCAGGACAACAGCGGCCAGCUUGCCGCGCAGCAGCGACAGCAGCAGCAGAUGGCCCAGCAGCAACAACAGCAGGGCGGCGGCGGCGGAAAGAGUGAUGCCCUCAGUCUGCAUCUGGAGUUGAACCUCGAGAUUGAAAUCCAGCUCAAGGCGAGAAUCCACGGUGAUCUCACCCUUUGCUUGCUGAACUAA